CUUAUUCCUGAGCAUACGUUCCGUUGAAAGAUAGUGGGUACGGUAGUACAAGAGAUUCUACGGGUCAUGUUUUGUUUCAUUUCAGGGUUGGCUAGUCCUACAGAUAACAACAUUCAGAGUUGACUUUGAAUUUCACUCUCUCACCUAUUUCGAUCUAUACUCUCAAAUUGAUCGGCUUGAGCUCUUGGGAUACAUAACAUGUUUCUACCGUUUUGACUCGAGUUGAGUAUCUAAACUAUUGGGCUGCUUCUGCUUAGUCCGAAAUUAAUCUAAUUUCAUCCUGAGAGGCCAAUUUUCAUAAUUUCGUUGGAAUCACAGGCCUAUACCCCAGAAAAAAAAUGACGGCAGUUGUUGUCCCUUCGUCCAAGUCCAGACUCCCGGAAGUUUUGCCAGUGAACAUGCCGAAGACCAUCUUACCAACCACUCCGUGUAGUGGUCCAAGCAACUACUCAAUAGACUUCCUCCUUGGGAGAAAAGCCCCCGCUCUUGAAAAAUCUAGUCGGAAAGUGAUGGCCCGAGACCGGUCACCUAUCCGGGAGGAACACAGCGAAGGCUAUCAUGACAAGGAUGACCACAGAAGGGCGUGUUACCAUCGUGAUGUUUAUGACUUUGAAUCUACGGAUGACAGAGACGUUGACUUCAUGACAUCGGUGAAAUCAUCCUCCAACUCCUCCUCACCACCAUCAAGAGGAGAUCGCUACAUACCAUCUUCCCUUCCAUUUACAUCAUUACCAUCACGCAAUCUACCAACGUCGAACAUCCCUCACAUCAACCCAGCACUCAUAUCACCGACAUCAUCCACGCAUUCAUCAUCUUCAUCGUCCCUAGAUUCCGACUUCUCUGCCGCGAUCGACAGAACAACGAUGUCAGGAGACGAGGCGAACGCAGUGGAUGAUGCCGAUAGUUCCUCAAGGAAGCUCCGACGAUCUAGGACAACUUUCACCACCUUUCAGCUGCAUCAGUUGGAGCGAGCGUUCGAUAUGACCCAGUAUCCUGAUGUCUUUAUGAGAGAGGAGCUGGCUCUCCGACUUGACCUGAGCGAAUCAAGAGUUCAGGUUUGGUUCCAGAACCGAAGGGCUAAAUGGCGUAAGAAGGAAAAACUCUUCGACCGUAAGAGUCCUUGUAGUUUUGGUGGCUUCGGGAAACCAUAUCCUACCGAGAUGACCAAGAUGGCGGAUCCCUUUCUUCAUCCGAUGGACAGACCAAGCCAUCCUUUAGCAUUCUCAAACCGAGGAAUGGCGGGUAUCCCCUUACCAGCUAACCCAUUCGGUCUAGGAAUACCCUCUCAGCUUCCAGCAGCGCCACCACCCCUAUGGAUUGCUAACCCUUAUUUGGCCGGAGUUCUACGCGGUGGCGAACCUCCACACUUUGCAUUUCAGCACACAACUGACAUCGAUUUAUUAAGAACCGGGCAAAAGGCAAUGGACCUGGUUAGUUUGUCUGGGGUUGGAGCGUUACAACAUGGCACCAAACUCCCCCAUUCCCUACCAAUAACGAUCCCGAAACUUUACAUGUCUCCAGCUGAAAAGGGUCGGAGAAUGGAAGAAGAAACAAGGAAAAAGAAAAGCAUCGAUACCCUUCGAUCCAAGGCCAAGGAUCAUUCUUUCAGUGACUCCUCCUGUUGUUCACCUCCUAGUUCACCACUUUCCAUCCAAUAAUCAAACUGAUCGCAAGAAAUGUUGAAGCCCACGUGUUUAGAACCUCGCCCUAUUACAUAGGCGCAUCUCCUACGCACUGAUUUUUAUGGUUUCCAUUUUAUUUAUUUAUUUAUUUAUUUCAUUUCCAGGCAAGAAAAAACAUGACAGCAAUAGAAACAUUACAAAAGAAAUGUAAAAUUGAGCACCAGCCAAUGCCUGGGGAUCACCUAAAAUAAUUGAAAAUUCUGUCGAGAGGUUCUCCACAUUGGCUUUCCAUAAUUUUGACCAUUCAAAUACCGAGACGAAAAUAAUCACAAUUACAUGUAACAUUAAUUUCAUGAGAAAGGUCUUUUAUCAGUAAGUAGAUAAACAUCUUUCGGUAUUAAUUCACUGAGUACGUCAUUAUACAGCCACUGACUGCUGAUGUUUAGAUCAGAAUGAUGUCUGACCACGAGGUUGCACGGUUCCGGCCGGCCUUGCGUCGGCCUCGGUCCCAGUCACACACAAAAAUGGGGGAAAACAUGCAACGGCCUCAUGACUAUGAUGAUUAUUGUUAUACUCGGCCUCGGAUCCAUCCUGACAUCCCCGUGUUUCCAGGAUGAUAAAAUAAAAAAAUACAUUUUGCGCCCCCCCCCUCCCCUAGCUCCUCGAAUUUUGUGCAAUGAAGUAGAGUAUUAAUAUCAAUUAUUAUUCAAGACAAAGAAAAUCGAUUCAUAUAAAAGUAGUUUUAGAUCAUGGUUUAGCAGAUAAAUAUUCAAGAAACUUUGAGUCAAAUAGUGUUGCUGUUUAUUUCAUUUCUCGACUGGUCAGAUUCCAGAUCACAAGAGGUAGGCCUAUUAAUGAUAUUUUACUUAUUCUUAGUAGUUUACAUCAAGGUAGAUCAUAAUAUUUAAGCAGGUAUUUCUGCAUUUAUUAAUAAAUCAAAAUUACAAAUUUAUAACAAUGAUAUAACAUCAAACAUACAUAAUGAUCAAAUUACAAAGGUGACAAUUGUAUAGUAGUUAAGUAGAUAUAGACAUAAUUCAUGUAAACAAUAACAAAUAAAUUUAAAUGCAGUACUUGAAAUAUAUGCAGUACUUGAAACGAACUGGUAGUUUCUAUAAAUAAAUUGGAAUUAUAUUUAAAGGACAAGUCCACCCCAACAAAAAGUUGAUUUGAAUAAAAAGAGAAAAAUCCAACAAGCAUAACACUGAAAAUUUCAUCAAAAUCGGAUGUAAAAUAAGAAAGUUAUGACAUUUUAAAGUUUUGCUUAAUUUCACAAAACAGUUAUAUGCACAUCCUGGCUGGUAUGCAAAUGAGGAGACUAUGACGUCAUCCACUCACUAUUUCUUUUAUAUUUUAUUAUAUGAAAUAUGAAAUAUUCUCAUUUUCUCCUCAUUGUCAAGUGAUACAACGAUUAAUUCCUCCCUGAACAUGUGGAAUUAGCAUUGUUUAAUACUAUAUGUUUCAGUCAAGUUGGUCCUUAUUUUCAAAUCUAUAAAAACUGAAAUAUUGUAUAAUUCAAACAAUAAAAAACAAAAGAAAUAGUGAGUGAUGGACAUCAUCGACUGACUCAGCUAGUUGUGCAUAUCACUAUUUUGUGAAAAAUAAGCGAAACUUUAAAAUGUCAUGACUUUCUUAUUUUACAUCCGAUUUUGAUGAAAUUUCAGCACUAUGCUAGUUUGAUUUUUGUUGGAGUGGACUUGUCCUUUAAAGAAACAUGUAUGUGCUGGAAUUUAUCAUUAUAAUCGAAAGGUCUGAUAUGAUAUCUCUGAAGAUUGACUGUACUAAAAUGAUAUGAAUGACAGUAUAAUGAAGUCUAUUUGAACAAAAAUCGAAAACCAAUUUUAAUUCGAAGAAAUAAUCACUCAAAAAUGAUUCAAACCUCUUGCUGGAGCAUACUCCGUAUGUGUCGGAAACAAGCAAGUUGAUAAUAUUAUUCAAUUCUCAGGAAACCGACUCAAAAUGCCUUUAGAAAUAAUGUAAUGGCUUUUGUCGGUCUAAAGUCGGGUUCACCGGCAUAACAAUAUCAUUUUAAUACACCAGUCUUUAAUUUUUUUUUAUUCCAUUCCAACGUGUUUAUACAUCAUUUCGCUUUUUGUAUACAGUUUACAGCAAUUUUGACAUGCCUGAAAGGCCGUAAUCAUUUAUUUUAACUUUGUAUUAUGUGGUUUUUGUCUUUGCAAAACUUGGAUGGCAAUAAAAUGAGCUCAUAGCUCCUAAAAUACCAAGUGA